UUAUUAUGUUAACACAUAAAAUAUUUUGAACGAAUAAAAUUUUAUUGUUUUAGGUCGGGAAAUUUUGAAAAAUGGAUGACAAUCUCAUUGACUUAGACUCCAUGCUCAGCCAAGUAGGCGACUUCGGCAGAGCUCAGAUUAUCUUAAUGGUGCUCUUCAGCUUUAUAAACAUUUUAUCAGCGUUUCAUUAUUUUGGCCAAACCUUCAUCAGUAUCGUGCCCAAACACACAUGCAACUACGAAAUUUGUUGCGAUCGAAAUGUCACUAUAAAUAGUUGUGAUGUUGUUUAUCUGCAGAAUAAUGACACGCAUAUUUCAGAGCCUUGUGUUAGUGGUUGGAAAUAUAACAAUACACAAAGUUUUGGAUUUAUAGGCAUCAUUCAAGAGUUGAAUUGGGUCUGUAACGAUGAUUGGAAACCAGCUCUAGGUCAGUCGGUGUUUUUUAUUGGUUCUGUAAUAGGAAGCUUGGUCCUUGGAGUAAUAGCUGAUAUAAUAGGGAGGCUACAUGUUUUAGUCAUAGCUAAUUCCCUAGCUUUUGUUGGAAACAUAUCGACUAUUCUUUCAAAAGAUGUAGCAACAUUUGCUAUUAGUCGAUUUUUAGCUGGAUUAGCAACUGAUACGAACUUUUUUAUGAUGUACAUAAUAGUAAUGGAAUACAUGCGUCCCAGUCACCGCACUUUAGGAUUGAAUUUAUGCAUUGGGAUUUUUUACUCCCUGGCAUGCGUAAUCGUACCAUGGACGGCAGUACUACUAAAAACUUGGAAGAAUUUUCUUAUAUUCGUCUCUGUACCUCACUUAUUAGUUAUAUUUUUUUACCUAAUAGUUCCAGAAAGUGCUCAAUGGUUAAUCAGCAAAGGUAAAACGGAAAGAGCUAUUAAUUGUUUCAAACAAAUAGCAAAGAUUAAUGGAAGACACGUUGAUGACAAAGCUUACGAAAACUUGAGAGAGUACUGCAAACAGUAUGUCAACGCUUCUGAACAACACGAAAGUCUUUGGGGCUUACUAAAGACUCCAAAAUUGAGGAAGAAAACUUUGAUUCUCAUUUUUAAAUCAAUGGUAAUGACGUUGGCAUACGAUGCAAUUUCCCGAAAUAUAAAUGGCCUAGAUUACUCACCUUUUGUAAUAUUCUCGGUGGGAUCGACAACCAUUUUUCCAGCUUGCUUGUUCAUUCUCGCUGUGCAAGACCGAGUCGGAAGAAAGGCGCUAGCAAGCAGCUUCCUCUUGUUUACCGGAAUCUUCACGGUGUGUUCAGGCAUAAUCCAAGCUUUGGUAUCGAAUCCGAGUCCACCACUUAUAAUCACUUUGGAAGUAAUAGCUAGAUUAGCUAUUACAGUCGCAUAUAACUCCGGCGCUCAGUAUGCAGUAGAAUUAAUUCCAGCUGUGGUAAGAGGACAAGGAGUCAGCGCUAUCCACGUAACUGGUUACGCAGCAAGCUUCUUCAGUCCGCAGAUAUUGUAUUUAGCUCAGAUAUGGCAACCUGCUCCGGGAAUUAUUCUCGGAGUAUUGCUCACUUUAGGAGCCGCGGCUUGCUUGUUCUUACCAGAAACAUUAAACAGAACACUUCCAGUUACUUUGCGAGAUGGAGAAGAAUUCGGUGAGGAUGAAGGAAUUUUUGAAUUCGCUUGUUGCAGAGUUACAACAGAGAGCACCGCGACGUUGUACAGAAGUGACGCUUCCUAAAAUAUUUUCUACUAAUAUUUAUUAGGAAAUAUUGAAAAGCAUUGUAAUUAUGAAACAUCAUUCUCACAAAGUAUGUUAUAACUCUGCAUUGAAACUAUUAAAUAUAUAAGUAUAUAUUACCAAUUACACUGGCAAAGCGUGCAUAACUAUUUAAAUAACUGCAAAUAUUACAGCCUAUUUAGAGAUUUGAUAGUUUUGGUGAAUUCAAAUUUCCGCUCCAAACGGAAAUCCAUGUAAUUAUAAAUGGAUAUUGAAUACCCAUUA